UUAAUAUUCCUGCAGCAGCUUCCCCAGAUUGGUUUCACUCAGAGAUAAGAAGGAAGGGACCAACUAUUAUUCCUUUUAAACUGCAACCAGUUUAAAAGGAAUAACAAAGCAUUCUACACAGAGGAGAGAUGGGGACCAUUUGGUUCCCAGUUUGGUGUGCUUUAUUCUUGAAUGUUCAGGCUUCACCAGCAGGGCACACAGAAGACCAAAUAUGUGAACCAGAAUUUGACUCAGAAUCAGUUAUUUUUAAGGUGACUGAAAAGCAUCUGAGGCCAACCACAAUCGUGGGAAAAGUGAACUUCACCGACUGCACAGAUGUCACAAGGCUUAUUUUCACCACUUACGAUUCCCAUUUCUAUGUUGAGACUGAUGGGACAGUAACGGUUUCGAGAUGGUUGGUUCUUCAGGAGGGACAACGACGUUUCGACAUCCACUCCUGGGAUUCAAAAGGCAAGAAACGGACUGUCUCUGUUGUGGUUCAGUACCAAGGGGAUCAUGACGCAGCCCACAGCAUCCAGAGUGAUUUUCCCCUUAAGGACAUCACAAAUAACUUGGAGGAUGCUCCACAGGUUCCCAUUCUGUAUUUCCCAAAAUCUAAUUCAGGACUGAAGAGGAGGAAGAGAUUCUGGGUUGUCCCUCCUCUUAGUGUUUCUGAGAAUCACAGAGGACCUUAUCCCCUUGCUCUUGCUCGGAUUCGCUCUGAUAUCGAUAAAGUGAAGAUGACCUAUUACAGAAUCACUGGUCCUGGAGCUGAUGAGUUUCCUGUUGGUCUUUUUACCAUGGAUAGAAACACUGGUCAUCUGUAUGUCACACAGGAACUGGACAGAGAGAAACAGGACAAGUACAUGUUCCAGGUACAUGCUGUGGUGGACGGUUCAGCCCCUGCUGAGGAGCCUAUGGAGAUUAUUGUCAAUGUUAUUGACCAGAAUGACAACAAACCUGUUUUCACCUUCUUGGGAAAUGUGGCCGAGUCUUCAUCAAUAGGUUCUGAGGUGAUGAAGGUUACGGCUACAGAUGCUGAUGAGCCAAACAAUGACAACUCACAAAUCAGUUAUCGCAUUGUGAGCCAGGAACCUCAGCAACCAAAUCCAUCCAUGUUUGUCAUAAACCCAACUACUGGAGCCAUCAGUGUCAAUGCUGCUGGACUGGACAGACAGAAAUACCCAGAGUAUACCCUGGAGGUAAAAGCAGCAGAUAUGAACGGGGAGGGACAUUCUGCAUUAACAAAAGUAAUCAUCUCUGUAACUCCUGGCACCGAGCUCCCUGUUCCUGUCCUGCAUUUCCCAUCAUCCAGUGAAGGACUGAGGAGGAAAAAGAGAUGGAUUAUUCCUCCUAUUAAUAUUGCAGAGAAUUCCAGAGGACCUUUCCCUUUACAUAUUGCUCAGAUUCGUUCUGAAGCUGAUAAAAUUAAAAAGAUCCAUUACAAAAUCACUGGUCCAGGAGCAGAUCAGCCUCCUGUUGGUCUUUUCACCAUGGACAGAGACACUGGUCAUCUAUAUGUCACACAGGAACUGGACAGAGAGAAAAAAGACAGAUAUGAGUUCCAGGUACAUGCUGUGGUGGACGGUUCAGCCCCUGCUGAGGAGCCUAUGGAGAUUAUUGUCAAUGUUAUUGACCAGAAUGACAACAAACCUGUUUUCACCUUCUUGGGAAAUGUGGCCGAGUCUUCAUCAAUAGGUUCUGAGGUGAUGAAGGUCACGGCUACAGAUGCUGAUGAGCCAAACAAUGACAACUCACAAAUCAGUUAUCGCAUUGUGAGCCAGGAACCUCAGCAACCAAAUCCAUCCAUGUUUGUCAUAAACCCAACUACUGGAGCCAUCCGUGUCAAUGCUGCUGGACUGGACAGACAGAAAUACCCAGAAUAUACCCUGGAGGUAAAAGCAGCAGAUAUGAACGGGGAGGGACAUUCUGCAUUAACAAAAGUAAUCAUCUCUGUAACUCCUGGCACCGAGCUCCCUGCUGCCCAAGGAGGAGGGAGGAGCAGGAGGGAUGCAGAUCUAAAGAUUCAUCAUUCUUCUUCAGAGAAAAUGUUCCUAAAUCUGUUACCUCUUCCAUCUGAAGAAGGGAUGAGGAGAAGGAAGAGAAGCUGGGUUAUUCCUCCCCUCAGUGUUCCUGAGAAUAGCAGAGGACCGUUUCCUCUAAAACUUGCUCAGGUCCGCUCUGACAGAAGUCAAGUGACGAAAAUCAUUUACAGGCUUCGUGGUCCAGGAGCCGAUCAGCCACCUGUAGGCCUUUUCAUUAUAGACAGCGACUCUGGUUGGUUGGAAGUCACACAAGAACUGGACAGAGAGAACCAGGACAAGUACAGAUUAGAAGCACUUGCAGUGGAAGAAGGACAAGCUGAAGCAUCUGAGUCCAUUGAAAUAAUUGUGAAUGUAAUCGAUCAGAAUGACAACAAACCAGUUUUCAGCAGAGACACCUUCAAGGGAGAAGUGCCUCAGUCCUCAGCCAAAGGUUUUGAGGUGAUGACGGUUCAGGCCACAGAUCCUGAUGAGGAAAAUUCUGACAACUCCGAUGUCUGCUAUCGCAUUAUAAGACAAGAACCCGAAGAACCAAAUCCUUCCAUGUUUGCAAUCAACACGACUACUGGGCUUAUCACAGUCGACGCUACAGGGCUGGACAGAGAGAAACACCCGCAGUACACACUGACAGUGGUAGCUGCUGACAUGAAAGGCGAGGGGCUGAUGGGGAUAGCCAAAGUCAUCCUGACUAUAACUGAUAGUUCUUCCCCUACUGGCUGGGUUAUUCCUGACAUUACAGUUCCUGAGAACGGAAUUGGACCCUUUCCUUUACAGCUGGCUCAGAUCCGCUUUAAUGAGGAUGAAACAAAGAAGAUCCUUUACAGCAUCAGUGGACCAGGAGCAGAUCAGCCUCCUGUUGGUCUUUUUACCAUGGACGGAGACACUGGUCACCUGUAUGUAACACAGGGACUGGACAGAGAGAACCAGAACAAGUACACAUUGCAGGUAAAUGCUGUGGCAGAGGAUGGAGGGGCGACAGUAGGACAGACACAGGCUGUGGUCAAAGUUACUGACCAGAACAACAACAAACCUGUUUUUAAUAAAGACACCUACGAGGGAGAAGUGCCUGAAGCCUCGCCCAUAGGUUUUGAGGUGAUUAAAGUGGAGGCCACAGAUGCUGAUGAGCCAAAUACUGACCACUCAGAGAUUCGCUAUAGCAUUAUAAGCCAGGAACCAGCAGAACCCUCCAUGUUUACCAUCGACCCAGUUUCUGGAGCCAUCACUCUUAGUACUGAUGGACUGAAUAGAGAGAAACACCCUCAGUACACUCUGCUGGUCAGAGCAGAAGACUCUGCUGGCAAAGGCAGCACUACUUUAUUUGAGCAAGUUAAAGUAAUUCUGACUGUGACAGCAAACUCUGCGUCCAUGUCUCAGGCUGGUGAAGCAAAGAGGAGGAGGAAGCGUUUUUCCACAGCUCCAUUAUCUGUCAUGGAGAAGUGAAAAGGACCCUACCCAUUAAAGCUCAUUCGGACAAAGCUCCAGCUGCCAGACGGCUCUGUGUUCAGUCACUUCAGAGAUUCUGAAUAGGACUGAGGUCUUGAGCUUUUCUGCUGUAGAGGAGACGUCAAAAUUUGUGUUUGUGCCAAAAGUGUGUUAAAAGGAAUCUUUGGUUCUCUCCAUUGAUUCUUAGUUGAACUAUCUUUCAGUUUUCUUCGCAGGUCUUCUGCAGCUGUUAGUAUCGGGUAAAGGUUUAUAGCUUAGAGUUGCUUCUAUUUGUUCCUCUACAUUGUCUAUAAGGAAUGACUACAAUAACAGGAACUACAUGGUGACGUACCUGUGUGAUUUAUAGGGUCCUCCAUUAAUUUGUCAUGAAAUAAUACAGUGUGAUAUGUAAUCUGAUCCAUUUAUGUCUCUAAUAAACUUUUGAAUGUUCUUUAAGAACUUUUAAAGGAGCAUUCAGUAAAUGUAUAUUUAGAUUGCAUAAUGUUACCUUGUUGUUAUAAGACGUCUAAUAUUUGCCUUUCUCCCAUCUUUAAGAUUUAUUUGUUGGUGAUUAGCGUUAAGCAGCAUGAGGGGUCAAUGUAAGCAUAGACAUGUUCAAUAAACUGGAAUAUUAUUGAAAA